CUUUCGGGAAGGCGGCGGGAAGAUGGCGGCCCCCAGGGAACAACAUGAAACCCCCAAGGCGGAGGGGAUCGCGGGGCGCUCGAGGAGCUCGGGAGUGGAGGUGGCGUGUCCCUCCGAUCCCGCCGCCCCGGCCCCGCUGUGCCCGCACGGACCCACUCUUCUGUUUGUAAAGAGGAAUCGCGGAAGUUUUAUGCCUGUUCAGCCUGUAGAGAUCGAAAAGAUUGCAAUUUUUUCCAGUGGGAAGAUGAAAAGUUGUCAGAAGCAAGACUUGCUGCCCGGGAAGCUCAAAACCAAAGAUGUCGGCCUCCUUUUUCCCGAGCGCAGUGUGUGGAAAGGUACUUGAAGUUUAUUGAGUUGCCCUUGCCUAAGAGAAAGUUUUGCCAAAGAUGUCAGCAGUUGCUGUUACCCGAUGACUGGGAGAAGCAUGGUGAGCACCCGGUGGUGGGCGAUAUCUCCGUCCUCCAGCUAAGAAGGCCCAGUGAGCUCCUUUACCCACUGGAGAACAAGAAGACCAACGCCCAGUACUUGUUUGCUGAUAGGAGCUGUCGGUUCUUGGUCAAUCUGCUUUCCUCCCUCGGAUUCAGGAGAGUGCUGUGUGUCGGAACUCCAAGGUUGCACGAGCUGAUCAGGUUGACAGCAUCAGGUGAUGAGACGUCAAACAUGAAAAGCCUUUUACUGGAUAUUGAUUUUCGGUACUCACAGUUUUAUGCGGAAGAUAGCUUUUGCCACUACAACAUGUUUAACCAUCAUUUCUUUGAUGGAAAGGCUGCCCUUGAAGUAUGCAGAGCGUUUCUGCAGGAAGAUAAAGGCGAAGGAGUCAUUAUGGUGACAGAUCCUCCUUUCGGUGGCUUAGUCGAACCUCUGGCUGUUACAUUCAAGAAGUUAAUUGCUAUGUGGAAGGAAGGUCAAAGCCAAGAUGACAGUCACAAAGAACUACCCAUUUUCUGGAUUUUCCCCUAUUUUUUUGAACCCCGAAUUUGCCAGUUUUUUCCCAGCUUCCGCAUGCUGGAUUACCAGGUAGAUUAUGCUAACCACGCACUGUAUAAACACGGGAAGGCCGGGCGGAAGCAGUCGCCCGUGCGUAUUUUCACCAACAUUCCACCCAGCAAAAUCGUCCUCCCUACUGAAGAAGGGUACAGAUUUUGCCCUCUGUGUCAACGAUAUGUUUCCCUCGAGAAUCAACACUGCGAGUAUUGUAAUGCUUGCACGUCUAAGGAUGGCAGGAAAUGGAACCAUUGCCUUCUCUGCAAAAAGUGUGUAAAGCCUUCCUGGGUCCACUGUACUAUCUGCAGUCACUGUGCUCUUCCAGAUCAUUCUUGCGAGGGUCCCAAGGAUGGCUGCUUUAUCUGUGGUGAACUGGGUCACAAACGCAGCACCUGUCCUAACAUCUCCACAUCGAAGAGGCCUAACAAAGCUGUCAGGAAGCAGAAGCAAAGAAAAAGCAGUAAGAUGAAAACAGAGACCACGGCAGGACAGUCCAUGAAUCAUGCAGCUGUUACAAGGAGAAUGAAAAGGAGGGAAAGGGCCCAUCAAUAUCUUUGCUCUUAAAUGUCCAGUGCUUUGAGAAUAAGAAAGAUUUACAGUCCAGCCUUUGAUGCCAUUUUCUGAAAGUGCCACCCCGGACUUAAAUUCAGUCACUGCCUUUCUCACCUAGGUCACAGGCAUUUGCUGGUUGGUGGUCGCCUCUCCUGGCCCUCAGGACACGCAGGGAGCUGUUCCAUCCUUAGCUGGUUUCCUGGCCUGCUCGGUGUACUUUUCCUUUCUGUUAUUAAAUCUCUACCAGUUACAUGAUUUUAGCCUAUUUCAUCCGAAAAAUGGGCAUACGACAUUCUUUCCGAGAUGUUGGAAGAAAACGAACGUGAAAACCCGUGAACUUCUGUUUACAUUGAACAUAAAAUUGUGUCCAUUUAGAUAAGAAGUUCUUUUGUGUUCAAUAUCAAAUGGCGGUUCAAACUCCACUUGAAAAGUACAAUGUACAAUUGAUUUUGGACUGAAUCCGGAGAUGAUGGAAAAGAAUUUUUGCACAGACACUAAAGAUAGAAAAGAUUAUGAUUAUAGUUAAUUAUUAAAUAUUUAAUCUUCAAGUACUAUUUUGCGGUUGUCGUUCAGGGGUACGGAAUCACAAGAGGAGCCACAGGAACUCCGUGUUAACGCCAACACCACAGGUUAGAAUACUGGAGACUGGCCCGUAGCUUGUUUUCUUUGUCUGGCACAAGUUUUGCGUAGUACUUAGCUUGCAGGAACUAGUCAUCGUGUUGUCGAGACGUUGUAGCCACCAGAGGGCCCAGAACUAGGAAGCAGAUGUGCUCUCGGAAGAUAAGCUGCUGCUCUGAUGCUGUGGCCCAGCCACAGCUGGAAGAUAAUGACUGACAUCAACAAGUCUCCGUCAGAGGACCCAUCGCAUUGACGACGACCUGGUCUGCUGGGCCAGACAGCACGCAGCCUCCUCUUUCUUUCCCUGUGCUGUCCCUUGUGAAAAUUCUUUCAUGGAGCCAGAAGAUGGUGUAAUGGUUAUGUCGCCGGACUCACACAUAGUCAACCACGGUUCAAGUCCUGGAUCUGGUGGCUUACAACUCAGGCUGGGCACCCAUGCAUGCAUGCUGAA